AUGAAAGCUACAAUGAAGCAGGAUCGAGAAAUCUUUGAGUCAAAACUGGCUGGCGUCACUCGUAGCAUAAUUCUGCUGGAAAAAACGAUGGACCAGAAUCUCACCAAACAACAGACUCAGCUGAAUCAAAUGCUACAGGACAAAUGGAACGAAAUGAAAGCUGCAAUGAAGCAGGAUCGAGAAAUCGUUGACCAAAAACUGGCUGGCGUCACUCGUAGCAUAAUUCAGCAGGAAAAAACGUUGGACCAGAAUCUCACCAAUGUGAAGACUCAGCUGAUCCAAAUGCUCACUGAGCAAACAGUCCACGCUAAGCGAAAAAAGAUGAAACAGGAGAUCCAAAAGCUCAUCUCAAAGAAUGAUCUAGCUGGGGUUAGAGUCAGUUCAGGCUUGUAUCUGCAGAGCAUUUCGUCACGGUCAUGCAAGGAAGAGCCCUCAAAGGAGACGGGCAAGUACAUUUUACAACCAACCGAUAAGGAUGAACCAUUUGUGGGAUAUUGCGAACAGACUGUAUUAGGAGAAGGUUGGUUGGUGUUCCAGUAUCGUUACGACGGAUCCUUGGACUUUUUCCGCAACUGGACCGAGUAUCGAAACGGGUUCGGCAGCAUUGAUGGAGAGUUCUGGCUGGGAUUGGAGCAGUUACACAGUUUGACAGCGGCUCGAAAGCAUGAACUGCUGGUGGAGCUGAAAGACUUCGAUGGAAACUACAAGUACGCACGGUAUGAAGAGUUCGCAAUUGGCAGUGAGAAGGAUCAAUAUCCGUUAGCAAAACUGGGAGCAUACACGGGAACGGCAGGAGACUCAUUGCAUGGCCACAAGGGCAUGAAGUUUUCGACCAAGGAUCGGGACAAUGAUAAUUCGCCAAAUUCAAGUUGUGCUGUCGAAUUUAAGGGAGCAUGGUGGUACGAAAAAUGCCACAGUUCAAAUCUAAAUGGACUUUAUAGGAACAGUGAGAGUGGAGAAAAUAUGGUUUGAUACUACUACAUGUCAUCUAAUAUAGGUUUGUCAUACUCAAGAAUGUUGAUUCGCGAAUCGUAACGGUGGAUGAAGUAUAAUUUCCAUCAAAUAAAUAGAAGCUUAGGAACAUUCCGAAGCCAAAGCGUAACAGACAGAUGGCUGCAAUCAAAUCUUUUUGUAAUUUGUUGCAAUAAAAGUGUAGUUGUAUUGUGUCUUUACAA